CGUUCAGGAGGCUCGAAUGCUGGACAGCUCCUCCGCCAAGGAAGCGCGUGAAGGGAACCGUCUCCGCUGCGCGCGGACCUCGGAGUGGAGCUCCCCCUGCUCUGGACACUAAGCCGGUGAUUUUUUUUUCCCUCAUAUUUUUAAAUCAAGUGUGAACAGAGAGCUCGAAACGAGGACAAGAUGGUUCACAAAAGCAAGUGGAGGAAUUGCGCGCUGAUGUAGGGAGAUGCGAGUAUAACGGGGAGCUCGGUAUGGAUCCGCGCGCGCUCCGCUGGUUGAGCGCCUCCUGCGUGCUGUGUCUCAUCCCCACUGCUAUCGGCAGAGGGUUCGAGUGCAGCGCGGGCUGCAGUCCAGAGAACGGGUUCUGCGAGACUCCGGGAGAAUGCAGGUGCAGACCGGGGUGGCGUGGGGCCACCUGCGAGCAAUGCGUACCCUCCCCCGCGUGCGUGCACGGCACCUGCGUGAGCGCGUGGCAGUGCAUCUGCGAGGCCGGCUGGUCUGGGGACAACUGCGACGUGGACAGACGAUCCUGCUCCUCGGACCCCUGUCCCGGUAAUUCCACAUGCGUCGAGACGCAGAGCGGAACGCGCCGAUGUGUUUGCGCUCACGGUUACGGUGGGGAGAGCUGUGAGCUGAAGACAGGACCGUGUCUCACAAACGGGUCUCCGUGUCAGAAUGGGGGCACCUGCAUGGAUGAUGACGGCUGGGCAGCCCACUCGACUUGUUUGUGCCCUCCUGGGUUUGCUGGUGACUUCUGUGAGAUUGACAUAGAUGACUGCGACCCCAACCCCUGUGCCAACGGGGGCACCUGUGCUGACCGUGGGGCUGGUUUCACCUGUUGGUGUUCAGCAGGCUUUACUGGGCCUGUGUGCAACCACACUGUGCCCACAUGUGCUGACAGCCCCUGCACCAACGGGAGCACGUGCCUGAGCCAGCCUGGCAGGGGUUUCCGGUGCCUCUGCCCUUUGGGGUAUGUGGGGCCCACAUGCGCCACACACAGGGCCCGAGUGGAGCCUGCAUGGCUGGCAGAAGGUGGGAGACAACAGCACUACGGCCUGCCCUCCCAUGAAUUCCGCAGGAUGUCGCAGCCCUCUGAGCGGGAGCUGCUCAACAUUGCUAUGAAGGAAAGGAUAAGGGCACCCAGCCCACUGGUCACCCGCAACCAAGUCAUCUGUUUUGCUGUGCUGGGCCUACUCACCUGCCUGGUGGUCCUGGGCACCACUGCCAUCAUAUUCUUCAACCGCUGUGAAUCAUGGGUGGCAAACGCCAAGUAUAGCCAGCUGGUCCGUCAGCAGCGGGACUACCUGCUUAAGUCAAAGGACGGUGAUGACAGCUCAGUCAACAUCAUCCUACCCGAGAAAAUUAAACUGACCAACUAUGGGAACCACUAUACAUCCAUUUGAAAUUGCUGUGCUGCUGUUGCUCUCCUGGAGGAUGUGACCAAUAAUAUCUGGCAUCCCAAUGCAUUACUUAGUCCCUUGUGGAAAGUAAAACAGUGGUAACAGUGUUUAGUGUAAAGUCAAGGAGUAUACAAAAUAAAGUGUGAACAUUAAGUAUGCUAUGAAUAGAUAGUCAGUUAAAUCAUGUACCAUAAAUCCAAAUACUAGUCUGAAACUGUUAGUGAGUUUUUAAAAUGUUAUGAUUUUUGAGUGUUGUAUUUGGUGUGAGAGCCAGGUCAUAGGCAACCAGUUGCAUUUGUUAAGAUUUUAAAGAUGCAGAUGUUUUACGGUAUGCUGUUGUUCACUACAGGUGCAGACAGCUCCUGGUGCAUAUAAUACAUACUACUGUGCAUCACCCUAACUCAUAUCAGCUUUCUUAAAGGAAGAGCAGCUAUAAUUUCCAUAGAGGUUCUUCACAUAUUGCAAUUUGGUUUUACUGAGCUUUCCUCGAAGACUGUGCGUGCGCCCUUUAAGAUCCAAGGCUUCAUGAACAGCAGAAGCGUUGAACAGUUUCACCAGUGCUCAGUGCAAAGUGCAUAACAAGAUGUUUGCCUGACUCACUGAUGAUUCCAUGGGUAUUUCAUCGUCAUGUGUUUGGAAAGAGCUUGCUGUUUUCUAGCAAUCAUUUUUACAAUACCACAUCAACUAUGAAUAUUUGAGUUCAUCCUUGUACUUUUUGUCAU